CUUUAGUCUACUGACCUAAACCAACUUAAGCCACAACUUCCGUUUCUCCAAUUGGGUUGGUUUCCAUUUUCACUUUCGUUAUUCGUUCUUUUCCCUUCAUCCCUCUCCACCCUCCAGCCGCUCUUCACUUCUCUGUGACUUCACAAGCCGCUUUUUCACUGGGGUCCGGACCUUGCAUUGACCGACCGUGGAUUCAUGAUUACGAUCCAUUUCAGUUUCAUUGUGUGAAUACCUAGCUCUCCUGUGGUUCACAAAAUCAAUGGCUCCCCCUCAGCCUUCCAAAUCGGAGAAGACGAUCCGCAAAAUUGACGUUGCCCAGGUAUCUCUCAGCCUUCAGGAUCGAUUGGGCCUAGCGAAGGUCAAGUACCAGAAUGGUCGUCUUCACGCUUUGGACCAGAAUGGUGGUCGAAACACCCUGUCAGGAAGCGACAAACCUUCGGACUCCUCUUCCGAUAUUUCCCACAGUCGAUGCGAGACCCCAAUGACUUCUCCUCCAUUACGAACCGCGACGUACUCGAAGGAACUGCCCCGGUCAUCUCGCAAUAGACAUGCUGUCACCUUCGAUUCCAAAGCGAUGCAGCCGAUGCUGUCCGCCAGCCGAAAACGACUCCGAUCGGAUUCCAUAGCAGACCACCCUGCCAAAAUACCUCGGUCUUCAUGGAAAAGCUCCUAUCAGCUGCCUGAAUCAUCUCCGGGCUUCAAUCGUCACCUGAUCAAUCGCCAUCUGCCCUUCGUUAGUGAAACGGCUACAAUCCCCGAGUUAUCCUCUCCGGCAUAUCAUCACCAGUCAGACGAUGACAACGAUCCGGAUCUUCCAAUCCACAGCUUUCAAAAUGUCAGUUCUAUGGUGAGCUCAUCGCCUCCCCGGACGCCGCCGCCAAAGCACGCCCGGUUAUCACGAAAUGAUCGAACCGCACGACAUGAAGAUGGUGCCGAUCUGCUGUUGUAUUUGGCCAAUUCCCCUACUCCGGCCAGUGUCACUGCUAAGGCUCACUCUCGAGAGUUUCCUCCAUCUACCCCGCCCAGUCAGCAUGCUGUCCUGCCUUCAUUAACCCCAACUCCUGGGGGUGGCGGCGUCUUCCCAAACUUCAGUACACCGAACCAGCAGUUCAAUUUCGCUGAUUUUGUUAACGUGACACCUAGUCCAGCACAGCCUGCGUGGGGUGGCCGCACGCCUGGAGGUCUCUCCAAGACACCACUUACAACUAGAGACAGAAGAAGGUCUCACUUAGAGAACCUGUUGCCUCCCGGCGCAGAUAGUCCCAAGACCCGAGCGAAGCAGGCUGGUGUUGUCUUGCAGCUUGGUGGAGAGCUGCGACCUUGAAGCGAUGGCUUCCUGAACAUUAAAACCCUUUUUCUUCUUGUUUAUGCAUUUCACGACUACUUAUGACUCAUGUACGCACAUUUUGGGAUCCAUGCACAUUUAUCGGAUGUUUCGGCCAAUGUGUUGAUCGUCGGUCUUCACCGUCUGUUCUUUUUUCUCUCCCCCUUCCCUUACCAAUUCUUCAAACUGCCUUUCAAAAGCAAACCCGU